CAUGACGUCAUCGUCAGCCAGCCAGACGGCGCUGCUGGAGUCGGUGGUGAACUGUCAGUGUCAUUUCUCAAAGACCGAGCGGACGUCCUCGGUGCUGGAAAUAGGUGUCGGGAGACCGUCUGCUAAACGACAAAAAAUUGUACUCAUGCCAGAGCCUGCACACUUUUGGCCUGUGGAACCUGCAGAGCUUGUCUGAGCUUGCCAGCCCGUUGAGUGUGGAGACACCUGUACUGCGCAAUGGCGCUAUUGACUCUGCGCAGGAUUCCCUCCAUCAGCCCUGCUCCAGAUGAAACCACUCAAAGAACAGGGAGAUUUCAAAAAAGGGAGAGCUUUGCCCUCGUCAAGGGAGCGGUGCUCCUGCUGGAAGAGGCAGAGAGAGAGGACCUACACGAGGACACGCCUCCCCCGAAACGAGAAGACGGCGCUUCAGACACGCGACACCGACACAUACACGCCAUGGUGGAGCUGCUUCGACCAGAGGAUAGCAUCAAGCUGGCCGUGCAGUUGGAGUCCGUCAGCACGGUCCGAGUCAGGUACCUCAUUGUCGUCUCCACCCUGGCUAACAAAGACGAGAGCAUCCUGCUAGGCAUGGACUUCCCCAAACAGGAAAGUGACGAGUGCACCAUUGGGUUGGUUCUACCUAUUUGGAGCGACACACAAGUGUACCUGGAUGGAGAUGGCGGUUUUAGUGUCACCUCAGCAGAAGAAACAAGAAUUUUUAAGCCAGUUUCCAUGCAGACCAUGUGGUCAGUGCUGCAGGCGUUGAACGGAUGCUGCGAGCGGGCCGUCAAAGGCGCCGUGAUUCCGGGCUGCAGUCUGGAGUGGGCCCAGCAUUACUACCAGCACAUUGAAUCGGACCGCUUGUGCCUCAACGAGUGGGAGGUAAUGAACGACCUGGAGUCGGUCAGGAGGGACACCGAUAGUCACGGUAUUGCUGACAGAAAUGACAAAGAGAUGUUGAUUAAGGAGCAACUGAGAGACAUCAUGAGGACGGAAGACCUCGACAACCUCACGUCUAAAAUGGUCCACUCGGCCUUGCAGACUCGGAUAGGCUUCGACAUGAGGCCGUUCAAAGAGUACAUUGACAACGAGAUGCUGGUCACCAUGGCUCAGAUGGACAAGCCAUCCAAGAUAUUUGACUACCUUUACUUGGGCUCCGAGUGGAACGCAGCCAACUUUGAAGAGCUGCAGAAAAACAACAUUGGCUACAUCCUGAAUGUGACGAGGGAAAUCGACAACUUCUUCCCAGAAUCUUUCACCUACAUGAACAUCAGGGUGUACGACGUGGAGACCACCGACCUGCUCCCCCACUGGUCCGACACGUACAGCUUCAUCAACACUGCCAGGAAGAGUGGACAGUCAGUGUUGGUGCACUGUAAAAUGGGCGUGUCUCGCUCCGCCUCCACCGUCAUCGCCUACGCCAUGAAGCAGCAACGCUGGCCGCUGGACGUGGCGUCGGCCUACGUGAGGGAUCGCCGCGCCAUCAUCCGACCCAACGAGGGCUUCACCAAGCAGCUGCAGACGUACAACGGCAUCCUCCACGCCAGCCGGCAGCGGCACAGCUUGCUCUGGAGGAGGAAGUCCAAAGACCAGAGGCAGAAGUCUCAGCGCAAAGACGACGGCGAGAAGCCAGAUGAGGGCGAGGAGGUGGAGGAGGAAGAGGAGGGAGAUGAGGAAGAGGAGGAUGAGGAAGAGGAGGAUGAUGACAUCACAGAGAGCUCUGAUGAAAAAGAGGAUUCUGGGGAAGAUGUGUUUGAGCAGACUGACACCACCCAGGAAGAAGCACCACCCCCACCACCACCAUGUGUCAUCGGUCCCAUCAUCUCUCUUCCAUGUAUGAGUCGCAGUGGAAGGAUGAACCUCUUCUCCCUCAUGCAGUCCAUCAGUGAACAAGAUGACGUGGACAAAGGAUGCGAGCAGCUGCCUGCCAGUCCACGGCGAUCGCCACGACAACGGAGGCGAAGCCACGGCCGAAAGAGUCUGAUUCACCAGAGCGCUUGUGUGGAUCUUUCACCCGAACCCUCAAGUGUGGUGGACUCCGCUCAUGACAAACCUUGAAGUGGCCAAGAGGAGACAAGUCUGGCCUUUAAAUAAAACAAAAAAAAACUGAUGGACUUCUUAUGAAAUGCCAAGGUUUUUACUUUAUAUUUCUGCUGAUUGUUUUUUUUUUAUUAUUUAGCUUGCAUAUCCACAUUGUCUUUUUAGUUUAUUUACAUUUCAACACUCCAGAUGUCAACUAUGCAAUUACUUAUUUUAUCCUUAAAUGCCAAGUACAAAACAAAAACAAAAAAAGCUUAGUCCAGUGACUCGUGACGUUUACUCUUUGAAGGUUUUCUUUCCAAGCUGUAUUUUAUUGUGGACCAAGUUAAGAGCCAGUUUUCUGGUGCAAAGUCUGUAUUCCAAUGUGCCAAUGAAUGAUACAUUUCUAUCAGCUGCAGUUGGAUGGCAUGCAUGUUGCAGCCUGGGAGAGAAGUAUUUAUAUUUUGCUUAAAUGGAGGUUACUUUGCAGGCUGAUUGAACAUGCACAUGUUGUAUUUAUUAUCACACACCAGACAGCCUGAGCCAUCAUCACGCUGUUCUGUGAUCCACUUUAGAAGCACUUCUGCUGUUUGAUUCUGCACAUUAAAAUUAAAGAAAAAUCCUGUU